GGACAAUUCUAAAGUUGGGAUGGAAAUGGAAUACAAGCGAAAAUUUAUAGAGGCAUAAUAACCAACACGACGUAUGAAGCUAAACCACGGACGAAUGGCCAUAAAAUUUGUGUGACAUGGACAUCGCCCUCUUUUGAUUCGUUCAGAACUUUUUAGACUGGUCCCUAGUCUUUCUAAAACACCGAAAGGAAAAAAGAAAAAGCGUCUGCACCAAAACCAUGGCCGGUCAACAAGACGGAAUUCGUCACAGAAAAAGAGCAGCAAAUUCCUCAGAUAAAGUUGUGGAAGAACCUUCACGUGAUGGAGAUGGGGCAACUGAGCAUGGAGACAAACAAGGCGCAAAAGUUCAUCCACAAGGCAGCCAGCAUGCGCCUGAAAUUGAAGCGAAUUCGUACUGGUUGACGCGUGUCAUUUUCCUUCGAUCGAUAGCAUUUAUUUACCUCACCGCAUUCGUCGUUGCCUUCCACCAAAACAAGCAGCUGAUUGGCUCAGAAGGUCUUCUUCCAACACGCCUCUACCUAGACCGCAUUAAGAACUACGCUGGUGGCGAGGUCAACGCAAAAUCGCUCUCCUUCGCACCUACACUUUUAUGGUUUGUGGACAUUGAGGGGGCUAUUGAUCACUGGCUGGAUGUAUUGGCGUACUCUGGAAUGGCGUUGUCGGGAAUGGUUCUUCUAAGUGGGAGUGGUAAUAUGGUUGUCAUGGCAACACUAUGGGUCCUCUACCACUCCUUGGUUGGUGUUGGGCAGCGAUGGUACACGUUUGGAUGGGAGUCUCAGCUUCUUGAGACUGGCUUUCUGGCAAUCUUCAUGUGCCCGUUGCUCAGCCUGAGACAGUUCCCCAAGCGUACCCCGACACCAUGGGUCACCCUCUGGGGCUUCAGAUGGCUCAUAUUCAGGAUCAUGCUCGGAGCUGGUUUGAUCAAGAUCAGAGGGGACCAGUGUUGGAGGGACCUUACCUGCAUGAACUACCAUUAUGAGACCCAGCCCGUCCCUAACCCUAUGAGUUACUACAUGCAUCAGAGUCCAGAAUUGAUGCACAAAUUUGAGACACUCUCUAACCACAUCAUCGAGCUCGUUGUGCCCAUCUUCAUCUUGUUGCCAUGGAGACCAACCCGGAUGAUAGCUGGAGCACUGCAGAUUCUUUUCCAGGUGGUGCUCAUCAUCAGUGGUAACCUGAGCUUUCUCAACUGGUUAACAAUCCUGCCAAGCAUCUGUUGCUUUGAUGACAAGAGCUUAGCCUGGUUCUUCCCUGACUGGCUGAGCAGUGCCAAGAAUACAGUUAGAGCUAUACAGAGAGAGGAGAAGGAAGGGUCUGGACCACAGGCUACUUCAGGAGUUUACAUCCGUCGAGUUCUACAUAUUUCCUUAGCUGUAUUGAUAGGCUACCUCAGCAUUCCAGUGGUUGGUAAUCUUCUCUCGUCGAAACAAGCCAUGAACACUUCCUUUGAUCCACUACGUCUCGUCAACACCUACGGUGCUUUUGGAAGCGUUACCAAACAAAGAACCGAGGUGAUAUUUGAAGGGACAGCAAGCCCCAACCCUAAAGAUCCCAACGCUGUGUGGAUGGAAUAUGAAUUCAAAUGUAAACCAGGGAACAUCAGCCGGAGACCCUGCCUGAUUUCACCCUACCACUACCGGCUGGAUUGGCUCAUGUGGUUUGCUGCAUUCCAGUCGUACCAGUCGAACCCAUGGUUAGUUCACCUUGCUGGGAAGCUGUUGUACAACGACGAAGGAGUAACAUCACUGAUUGAUCAUAACCCUUUCAAGGAUGGUGAUCCACCAAGAUUUGUUCGUGCCCAGCACUAUCGCUACCAGUACACUGAGAUUGGCAGCAAGCAGGCACAAGAGGGCGCCUGGUGGAAGCGCAGACUGAUCGGUAGCUAUCUGCCCGAGGUGUCACUAGAGAGUCUGGAGAGUUACAUCAAAAGCCAAAGCUGGGACUUGCCCAAAUAUGCCAAAAGGAAGAUCAGGGAGGAGAGGAGAGCUAAGAGGUCAUAGGUUAAAGGUCAAGAAUAAUAAGGUGUCAUAGGUCUGAAGUUUUGCUCUCUACUUCACUACAUGUAAUUGGAUAAAUGGUUACCACCCCACACUGCUUCUUCUUCUUCUUUCGAUUGAUCUCUUGACCAAGGUGAACAUUUAAUAAAGUGACAGUGGUAGUUAAGUGACUUCAAGCAGCUUCAUGGUAUACUUGGCGAUGUAUCUGAGUCCCUGCUCGCUGGUCUGAAGUCAGGGCAGUCACCAAAAAGGCAGGGACUCGGUCGGAGACCUCGUUGAGGAUAUUAUUGAUGGAUACUCACAUUGCAGUCACUGGGGGAAAAAAGGAUUACACAAUGGGGUAGCAUAUUUUCAAUUGAAAACACAAGACCACCAGCCUUGUCAGUCAUGAGUUCAUUCGGCCAGUGCUGAAAUCAAUUGCCUAGAGACUGCGGUCUACUGUUAAUUUCAAGCCCUACUUAUGCGGUUAUUUGACAAUAUUCCAUAAAUCAGUGCACUAUGCAUUGAUGCUUUGUAAUUGUAUGCAUUUUAGUAUAAAGACUUAUUCAAUAUUGCUAUGUCUGUAUGUUUGAACUGAAAUAUUACAAAACAAUUCUCUUGAAAAGUUAUCUCCAAUACGUUUCCAAUUCCUGCAAAAAUGUUUGUUAAAGUAGGGAAUUUUAGUAGUAAAUAUUAGGCCGAAUUUCCAAACUGAUUUUUGGAAAUUAAAAUUAAGGCAUACAAAAAAUUUGUGUUAAACAGAUUACUCAACAUAAUUUUUUACACUUUUUGCACAAAAAGGGCAUAAAUAAGUGGGAUUAAGAGAGUGGUGACAUUAUUAGGCGCAUUUUUUAUGCGCAUAGAGGAAUCUUUUAUUCAUAAUGCGCCUUAUAAAUGCUGUUUAUUAUUAUUAUUAUUAGGCUGUAGCUGUGUGAAAAAGGACCUUGCACUUGGCUUGGUCCAUUUUUGCCUGGAAUUUUCGUUUUAAAAGAACCUUUUAUUUUCCCUACUCUUUUAUUUCCUCGGUUAAAAUGAAAAUACUCAAUUAAAAACAUUUAUUAAAAACAACGACGGCAUAACAAGUUACAAACCUGAGGACUGGAGGAUCAAAUCUUUCAAACUGCCUUUUAAAGAGUGACUAUAAUAUUUAUAAUGUUAUUGUCUAAAUGUAUUGAUGUAAAUAUUGUUAUGUCUUUGAAAGACAAAGAAAGAAUACAAUAUUAAAUUGUUUUUUUCAUUUUGAAGAAUGUUUUGUUCAUGGGAACCAUCUUGGUUUGGAGCCCUGUUCAGCCAUUUAGUUGUAAUCAUGGUACUGAUUUCUCUCUGUACAAAUUGAACCCGCCUCUUUCUAUAGCUUAGUUAUCACAUAAACUUGCUUCUGCACAACAUUGAAAUUUAAUUCCAGCAAAUGUUUAACUUUCCAUGCUGCAAAUAACAGUGAAUUCUGGGUAAACAUGAAGUAUUGUCUUUCUAUUCUUUUGUAAUCAACUUUUUGUUCAUACCUAAAAGUACUUCAAGAGAAAUCUGAAAAUUUGCCUGAUACUCUAUUUUGAGAGUAGUUUUGGUAUCUUUUGUACUUCAAUAAAAGUGCUCUCUUUAGUGGGAGGAUCUUUUAUAAUUUCCAGCGCACACAUUUUAGCACAGAACAUACUUAGUUUUAAUAGGAUGCGAAACAACAUAUCUAGUGAAUGGAUGUAACUUUUCAGCUUUCAAGUAUGUUUUGAAACUAAAUAAAUGCUGUGAGCAAAAUUCUUGA